ACGUCCUCUGGUGUAGGAUCACAGGACCAACACUUCGGAUUCGUAUGCGUGCAUAUGUGAAUAGAAUUAUCGAUAUGACAGGGAAUACACAAUAAGAUUAAAUGGAUUGAACCACAUGCAAGAUGGUUGUUUGUAAAUACUAUCGACAAGGAAAUUGUCGAUUUGGACAAUAUUGUCAAUUCGAACAUAUAAAUACUUUUGGAGGUAAUAACAAAGUUGACUCUUACAAUGAGGAUGAAUAUAUUGCGAUGUUGGUUGCAAAAGAAAUACUCAAUGCAGAAAGAGGAAGACAAUGGUUACUAUCAUGUUUUGCACCAUUUAAGGAGAAACCGUGUAUUCCUGGCAUGGAAGAUUUGUCUCCGGAAGAAGUUCGAUGGGAGAUGUACCAAGCUCAAAAUAAUGGGAUGGUAGAUCAGGCAAAAUUACAUUUCCAACAACUGUGUACAGAUAUGAAGGCGAAAAGAGAAGCUUUCAGGAAUCCUACUCGUGAAACACUAACCAAGCUUAAAGAGAUUCUAGGUACAGGACACAAGAAUGCGAGGAAUGAUAAUACAUCUGGGAAAUCCUCUAGUUUUGCUUUUGCAACUCCUCAACUUGGACUUCCAAGCAGUACUCCAUCCUCCAAUGUAUUUGGAAAUAAGACAUUUGGAACUCAGAGCAAUCCAUUCAGCGGUGGUUUCCCGCCUACUAGCAAUACAUCAAUCUUUGGGAGAACACCUACAACUUCAAAUUCUGUAUUUGGUAGUACACCAACUUUUGGCAGUAAUUUAGGAGUGUUUGGUGGUGGUACCAGCACUAAUACUGUAUUUGGCGGGAUUACAAACACUUCUACAUUUAAUGCAGGACAAAACACGCAGACUUUUGGAUCGUCCGGAUCGAUUUUUGGUGGUGGAGCUUCCCAACCCGUUUUCGGGCAGCCUAGCAUAUUUGGAACCAGCAAUCCAGUGAACAAUGUUUUCGCCAGGCAUGAAACAUCCCAGGCGCCCAUAUCGGUAUUCAAUAGCGGAGCGACAUCUUCUCCCUCUUUAUUCAGUGGCACUUCUUCUCAAUCUAACGCUUCUAUAUUUGCCGGAGCUAAAACUUCUACUGCUAAUCCGUUUGGCGGCUCUUCAAAUUUACAGACAACUAACUCCAUCUUCGGAUCGACUCCGUCCACCGGAACCUUCAGUUCAGGCAUAUUCUCGCAGUCUGAAACACCUGCAUUUGGGGGAGCACCAGUAUUUGGCGCUUCAGCAACCUUUGGAAACAAUCCCGGUUCGAUAUUUGGCGAGAAACCGGCAUUUGGAAAUUCUGGUAGCAUUUUCGGCGGAUCCAAUACCACGACACCUGCUUUCAGUUCGGCACAGCCUACAAACGCUUUUGGCGUUACCACUUCUACAUCUUCCGUAAAUCUAUUUGGAAAUGCUCAGUGUACCACACCCUCUAUGCCCACUUCCAGUGCUUCGCCAUUUAGCGCAACACCUUCAACGACUACGAGUCCUUUCGUUACCGCAACCUCGCAAUUUGAAACCACCAGUACGGCAGCCUUCUCGAAGCCUACGUUUGGGAUGGCUACGGGAACUGCGGGUGAAACUUUUGCUACCACAGCUACUUCCUCUAGCACACCGUUUGGUACUACAAAUACCGGAGUUACUUUUGGUACACCUAGUACCACCACUUCUCCUUUCACGUCGACGAUAUUUAGUGAUAUAACGAGCUCACCAUUUAGUCCUACGAGCGUUACGUCUACAGCUACAACCACAAAUUCGUUUACACCGCAGCAACAACAAAUUACAUCUCCAUUUGGUACUUUUGCACAAAAUCAAACUUCUAGUACUGCUACGUCUACGCACGAUCCGUUUGGAAAAUCGACAUCCGGAGUAACGCUGACGGCAGUCGUUAUUGACGACAACAUUUAUUCGUUAGACAAUCAACUAACAGACGACGAGAAGAACAUGUACAUGGCGGAGAAAUUUAUUUUUGGAAAGAUUCCGCUGAAGCCGCCUACCAAAGACAUUAGAUAAUGCAGCGUGAAAGUAGUUUAGCUAGGAAUAUACGCUGUGAUACUGGUUUCCUAUAUUAUUCCUUUAUAAUUGAGAUAAAUCACAAGUUUAUAGUAAUAAAUAAUAUAUAUUUACCAACAGUGUGUCAAUUUUUAUAUAAAAUUUGAUGAAAUUCUCUUUUAACGAACUAAUGUGAAAUAAACUUGACAACGUUUUCAAAAUGUAACAAAAUAUACAAUAAGAUGUAAAAUUUACGUUGUUACAAGUUA